UUAGGUCUCACCCUGCACCUCUUUCUUUGUAUUCCUCUCGCCCUUUCCCGGCCUCGCCUGCAUCUCUCCUCCCCCGCCAGGCUUCGGCCUCCCCCAGCCUCCCCAUCUUCAGCUCAGUCUCCUCCCUCUCGCUCUGCUCCCCUCCCCUCUCUCCCCCCCACCCUCGGUCUCACCCCACUCCCCGCCGGCAUCCCAGGAUUUCUUUCCACCCUGGGGGUCUCUGUGCUUCUCAUUCUCCCCUAUACCUGCCUCCUCCCUCACCUCAGAUUUAGCCGGCACCCAUCUUUUCCAGCCUGGGCACCCCCCCCACCCAACGGCUAACAUCACCACUGUAUCUUCUUCCUCUCCUCCUCUCUCCACCCUCUCCUCCUCUCUCUUCUCCCUGCCCCUUUAAAUCUGCCUGGCCCAGCCUCCCCCGUGAUGCUGGGAUGGAGCAAACAUUGAUUUGUGCUGGGAUGGAAUCGGAAUUUUGAUUUUUUUUUUCCUCUCCCAACCAUAAGGAGGAAAAAAAUAAUAAAACACCCCCUUUUCAUAGCCCCCUCUCCCUUCCCAUCCAGUUCCCAGCUCCUCAUCCCUUUCUCCAUCCAAGGCAGAUUUUUUCCCCUCCACUAUUCUCAUUCCCCCCCCACCCCUGCCACUACCUCGCCCCCCACCCCCACCGCCUGCUCCUCCAGCUGGGGAGAGAGGGGACUCGCGGCUCUCCCACCUUCGCUCCCUGGGUAGGAGCAGUUUCUCCGGAAGGGGAGGGGGCUUUGGCUUGUCGGGACCAGGUGGGAGUGGAGGUACCCGGCCAUGGAUGCUGUGCCUGGGAGGCAGCCUGAGCCCCAGCCCACAUGCCACUCAGGAUGAGGGUCCGGCCCUGCCAGCCCGCGCUGGGGCCCCCCCGCCCGGCCCCGGUCUAACUGCCCCCGCCCCCAGGCCUCGCCCGGCUUGCAGGCCCCCAGCCGGCUCUCCAGCCCCAGGAUGCGCUGAGCCGCCGGGGGGCUGAGGCCGCGCCAACUACAUGCAUGUCCCCCGGGGGCAAGUUCGACUUUGACGACGGGGGCUGCUACGUGGGGGGCUGGGAGGCGGGGCGGGCACAUGGCUACGGCGUGUGCACGGGGCCCGGCGCCCAGGGCGAGUACAGCGGCUGCUGGGCGCACGGCUUCGAGUCACUGGGCGUCUUCACGGGGCCCGGCGGACACAGCUACCAGGGCCACUGGCAGCAGGGCAAGCGCGAAGGGCUGGGCGUGGAGCGCAAGAGCCGCUGGACGUACCGCGGCGAGUGGCUGGGCGGGCUGAAGGGGCGCAGCGGCGUGUGGGAGAGCGUGUCUGGCCUGCGCUACGCCGGGCUCUGGAAGGACGGCUUCCAGGACGGCUACGGCACCGAGACCUACUCCGACGGAGGCACCUACCAGGGCCAGUGGCAGGCCGGGAAGCGCCACGGCUACGGGGUGCGCCAGAGUGUGCCCUACCAUCAGGCGGCGCUGCUGCGCUCUCCCCGCCGCACCUCCCUGGACUCUGGCCACAGCGACCCCCCGACACCGCCCCCGCCCCUGCCCCUGCCGGGCGACGAGGGAGGCAGCCCGGCCUCGGGCUCCCGGGGAGGCUUCGUGCUGGCCGGGCCGGGGGACGCUGACGGCGCGUCCUCCCGAAAGCGCACCCCCGCGGCCGGCGGGUUCUUCCGCCGCUCGCUGCUGCUCAGCGGGCUCCGGGCGGGCGGGCGCCGCAGCUCCUUGGGCAGCAAGCGAGGCUCCCUGCGCAGCGAGGUGAGCAGCGAGGUGGGCAGCACAGGACCCCCGGGCUCCGAGGCCAGCGGGCCCCCGGCCCCAGUCCCGCCCGCCCUCAUCGAGGGCUCUGCCACCGAGGUGUAUGCGGGCGAAUGGCGCGCCGACCGGCGCAGCGGCUUCGGCGUGAGCCAGCGCUCCAAUGGGCUGCGCUAUGAGGGCGAGUGGCUGGGCAACCGGCGGCACGGCUACGGACGCACCACCCGCCCGGACGGCUCCCGCGAGGAGGGCAAGUACAAGCGCAACCGGCUGGUGCACGGGGGGCGUGUGCGCAGCCUCCUGCCUCUGGCCCUUCGCCGGGGCAAAGUCAAGGAGAAGGUGGACAGGGCUGUCGAAGGCGCCCGUCGAGCCGUGAGUGCUGCCCGCCAGCGCCAGGAGAUCGCCGCUGCCAGGGCGGCAGAUGCCCUUCUAAAGGCAGUGGCAGCCAGCAGUGUCGCCGAGAAGGCUGUGGAGGCAGCUCGAAUGGCCAAACUGAUAGCCCAAGACCUGCAACCUAUGUUAGAGGCCCCAGGCCGCAGACCCAGGCAGGAUUCAGAAGGCUCCGACACAGAACCCUUGGAUGAGGACAGCCCUGGGGUAUACGAGAAUGGACUGACCCCCUCAGAGGGCUCCCCUGAACUGCCCAGCAGUCCUGCCUCCUCCCGCCAACCCUGGCGUCCCCCUGCCCGCCGGAGCCCACUGCCUCCUGGAGGGGACCGGGGUCCCUUCUCCAGCCCCAAAGCUUGGCCUGAGGAGUGGGGGGGCCCCGGUGAACAGUCAGAGGAACUAGCUGGCUAUGAGGCCGAGGACGAGGCUGGGAUGCAGGGGCCCGGGCCCAGAGACGGUUCCCCACUUCUUGGAGGCUGCAGCGACAGCUCCGGAAGUCUUCGAGAGGAGGAAGGGGAAGACGAAGAGCCCUUGCCCCAGCUGAGAGCCCCAGGGGGCUUGGAGCCUGAGCCCAUGGCCAUGCCGGUCCUGAGGGACCCAGCCUCGAGGGGUCCCGAGGCCGGGUGCCUGACGGAAGAGCUUGAGGAGCCUGCUGCAACUGAGAGGCCCGCCCAGCCGGGAGCUGCCAACCCCCUGGUGGUGGGAGCCGUGGCCCUCCUGGACCUCAGCCUGGCGUUCCUGUUCUCCCAGCUCCUCACCUAGCCCAGCCUAGUUCUGGCUUCGGUUGCUGCCUCUUCACUUCUUUGACCUGCCUUGUUCUCUUUUCCUCCUCCUGGUUGUUUUUAUCUCCUAUCUUUCUUUCUCUUCUUCCUUCCCUUUCUUUUCUGUCCCCCUUUGGUUUUGUCUUUGGCUUUUUCUUUCCAGCUUUCCUUUCCGAUUCUCUCAUUUAUUCUGAAUCUGUCUCUGUCUUCCUCACUCCCUCCCCCACCCCACCCCACCCCACCUCUCUCUCUAGAUUGUUUACAUAUGAAGGGCUUUUCUUGCUCAGAGUCACUCUCUUCUCUGAGACACACAAAUCUAAGUCAGACCAUUGCCCCGUGUCUUCCCUGCCUUUUCUUUAGACCUGAACUUCAAUGAGGGUGGGGGUUUGGUGUCCCGAGGAGUCUCCUGGAAGCUGAGUGGAAAGGAAGAAGAAAAUGGAGAAGGGAUGACUGUAUACUGGGCAAGGCACUGGCUGAGCUGCUGUGGCUCCCUGACCCAAGGGGCCUGGUGUCCCUGCGAGGCCUAGUGAAGGAGCUGGAGAAGGUAUAGCCUCCAUCUCUGACCUUGGAGGAGCCUAUCUCACCUCCAAGCGCUGAGCUAGGUUCUUGCCUAACUUUAUCCUUCCCUAAAGGAGAUAAGGGAGACAAAAAGUAGAAUGACUCCCUAAGAUCUCCCUCUUCCUUUCCUCAACUGCCAGCCCCUCAUCCAACCCCCACCCCCACCGCCCACCCCGGGUGGCAUAUCUUGUCAAGAGCAAUGUGUAAAGGAAAGAAAUCGUCCAAUGCAGUCACGUCUACCCACUGACCUCUCCCACCCCCUUCUCUCCCCCUAAAAGUUUAUUUGGUUGGUCUGGACUCACCUGUGGCCUUUGAUUAGAUUUCUAAGGGGCCUGAAGAAGAUAUUUCUGCCGCAGAGGGUUAGAGGCACUUGAGCUAGGACCCCACUCCCCAACUCUGGCAGUUGUGGAGCGGGGGUGGGAGGGGCAUUUCGGGGGAACACAACCAGCCUAGAUAACAGGAACUCACAGAGCGGCAGAAGCUGUAACAAGUUUAGUGGUCUCUAAGUGGGUUAUAUCCCUUCCCCCAUCACAUCCGAAUCUUGUGAAAUGGGAAAACAACAGAAAGAGGGAUCAAAGGAAGCCAAUCUCUCACACACUUUCCAGGCAGGGCAGAGGUGGGAGUCAAAGCAGGGUGAGAGGUGGGUGGAGAGCCCUGUUUGAGGUUGUGGCUGAUCCCUGUUAAUAGCUUUCCCCUGGGGGCAGGAAGCCCUAGGAAGAGGGGGACCCCUCUGUAGGGUCCCCAGGGGAUCUUUCCUCCCUCCCCUGCAUGAGGCAGACGAGAGCUGCCUGCCAAUCCCCUCCCUCAAGGAAUGGCCUUGCCUGGGAAUGCCCAUCACACAUACCCUCUUCUUUUUUUCUAGUCAAACUCUGUUUACUCCUUGGCCUGCCUCCCUCCCUCCCCUCUAAACCUUUACUUCUGAUUUCUAUUUCAUGGAAUUUGGGAUUGAAGUUAAACUACAACAGUGCCGCCAACACCAAGUCUUGCAGGAAAAAAAAAUACAAAGAAAUUUAACAAAAAAAAAAAAAUAUAUUAAUAAAAAAGUUCAAAAAA